AUGAGUGGUCAUGUUUAUGAGCCCUUGGUGCCUGCAGACGAUAAUGAGGACGAAGAUCCCGUUAUUGAAAUGAUUAAGCGCACGGGAUGUUUGGAUGAACACAACGCUAUCAUGGAGUGCAUGGCUGAAAACAAGGAUUGGCGCAAGUGUCAGGAUAAGGUGAAAUUGUUUCGGGAUUGUAUGUCUAAGAAGGACCGAAAGGAUGGCAAAACUUAUGGUGCCUAG